CGCUCGGCCGCUUCGGCUGUGCUCUGCUGUUUGGCCGUCUCGUCUUCCGAGGGGCGGGUGUCCUGUCGCGGUCUCUAACCCUGUCAGGUAGCUCGGCCGCAGCCUCCGGACGUCCCUACCAGCUCCGCGCCUGGGCGGUGCCGCGUCCUUCGGCUCGUGGAUGGGGCGUUUCGGCCUCGCUCCCGGGUGUCCUGCUGCCCCGCGGACGCUCCACUUGGUCGGGGAAGGAUGCUCUGAGGUUCGGCACGUUCUCGUUGGAGCUCCGAGUCUCCGGAGAAGCAGUGUUGUGACAACCACGACCGCCGGGAAGUUUUAAGUUACUCUUUGUAACCCAAUAGCAUUGCAGACCAAUCCAGUGUUUAUAAAAUAGGUAUAGCUGUGGACCAACUGUCUACGAUCAUGCACACCUGGGUCAUGCUUGCUCAUAUGUUAGAUUUGAUAUAAUUCGAAGGAUCCUUACCAGGGUUUUUGGGUGCAACAUCAUCAUGGUGAUGGGAAUUACAGACGUGGAUGAUAAAAUAAUCAAAAGAGCCAAUGAGAUGAACGUGUCGCCCGCUUCCCUGGCCAAUCUUUAUGAAGAAGACUUCAAACAAGACAUGGCAGCCUUGAAGGUUCUCCCACCCACCGUGUACCUGAGGGUAACUGAAAACAUUCCUCAGAUAAUUGCUUUUAUCGAGAGAAUAAUUGCUAACGGGCACGCUUACUCCACCCCGAAAGGCAAUGUCUACUUCGACCUGCAGUCAAGAGGAGACCGAUACAGCAAGCUGGUCGGCGUGGCCCCUGCCCCCGUGGGGGAGACAGGUCACUCUGACAAGCGGCACGCCAGCGACUUUGCACUGUGGAAGGCAGCGAAGCCCCAGGAGCCGUCCUGGGCCUCGCCCUGGGGAGAUGGGAGGCCUGGCUGGCAUAUCGAGUGUUCCACCAUCGCCAGUUUGGUGUUUGGAAGUCGGCUGGACAUCCACUCAGGUGGCAUAGAUUUAGCGUUUCCUCACCACGAGAACGAAAUCGCACAGUGCGAGGUCUUUCACCAGUGCCAGCAGUGGGGGAAUUAUUUCCUACAUUCUGGGCAUUUGCACGUGAAGGGCAAAGAAGAGAAGAUGUCCAAAUCGCUGAAGAACUACAUCACGAUUAAGGACUUCCUCAGCACGGCCUCCCCAGACAUCUUCCGCCUCUUCUGCCUGCGGAGCAGCUACAGGUCAGCUGUGGACUACAGCGACGGUGCCAUGCUCGAGGCCAGGCGUCUGCUCCAUGCCGUGGCCGCCUUCGUGGAGGACGCUCGGGCCUACAUGAGGGGGCAGCUGGCGGGCGGCCCCAUCCAGGAGGACGUGCUGUGGGAGAGGCUGCACCGCACCAAGGGGGCCGUGCAGGCGGCGCUGGCGGACGACUUCAACACGCCGGGGGCAGUGGAUGCCGUCACGGACCUGGCUCACCACGGGAACAGACAGCUGAAGGCGGCCACCGAGGCGGCCGGUGGUCCCAGGAGCCCUGCCGUGUUCGGUGCCAUCGUGUCCUACGUGGAGCAGUUCUUUGAGACGGUGGGGAUUUCUCUGGCUGAGCGACAGUGUGUUUCAGGGGUCGGCGGCGCGGCCGCCCUGCACAGCGUGGUCGAGGAGCUGGUCCGCUUCCGGCGGAAGGUCCGGCAGUUCGCUCUGGCCGCCGGGGAGGCCCCUGGGGAGGCGCGGCGGCAGCGGCUCCUGGAGAGGCGGCCCCUGCUGGAGGCGUGCGACGCGCUGCGCGGGGACCUGGCGGCCCACGGCAUCAGCAUCAAGGACAGGGGCGGCGUGUCCACGUGGGAGCUGCUGGACCCGAGGACAGAAGACCCCAAACCAGGGGGAGCCGAGGACACGGGAUGCGGAGGCCACGGCUCCCGGCGCGGUUCUGUGCUGCCCCAAGUCACGAUAAAAGCUUGAUGUGAAAGUUUGUUGUGGCCGCUCAGUUAACCUUACACCCAACUGUCACCGCCCCACGGGUGCUAGUAGAUGCGCUGGAGAAUGGGUGUCGACGGCCACAGACGCAGUAGUUCAGUAAAGUCACAUCAGCCCACACGGUGGUCUCGACUGGCCCCUGAGCCCGGGGCCUGACGUCGUGGGACGGCCCUGAAACCGUGAGAUCAGGACGUCAGUCCUACACGGGGUCCCGGAAGACGUCAUGGGAAGGGCAGGCGGGACCCCUUCCCCGGCGUCACCUGGUCUCCAGCAGGAGAAGCGGCCUGUACCCCACGUGCUGGACUGGGCGUGGGCAUACGGUUUUACAUUUAUUUUCCUGGUUAUAAAGUAACGUUAACCACAGAAAGCGCCAACAGAGGAAACCCCUGCAAGCGUCCAGCCCGUUUCCUCUGAUUGAUAGGCUUUGUUUCACCUCUAUUCUGUCUGACCUCUUUCUUACUAAACAGCUGGUUCUUGGGGUACCAUCCUCUUCUGCCUCUGAGCAGACACCACGGGGCCAGGGCUGUGCUUGAGUCUGGGUGACACGGGUGAGGGCACAGGUGUGACAGGCGGGCACGAGGCGGGCGACCUCGGACGGAGUUUGCCGGCGGCCUCGCGUUCCAUCUUUCUGUCGCAGGCGGGGAGCUACACAGCUGUUCAGCCAGCCAGCGGGAAGCGGGGUGACCCUCGCCGCUUCCUCCAGCUCUCAGCCAGGCCACCCCGCGUCCACAGCUGUGGGGCUGGCACCGACUGAUCCUGCGGGCGCGGCCCCGGGCAGCAGGUAGCACCCGUCAGGCGCCGCGCGGACGGCCUGGCUGUCCCGGCAGCCGCCUUAACUUUGUCACUGACCUUCCUGACUCUGAAAGGCAGGGGGUUCCUGUUAUACAGAUGAGGAAGCCCGUUCAGAAGCAGACCUGCUACAAGGGGCCCAACCCGUGAGCAAUGGAGUCAGGAGCCCAGAGGGCGGGCGGGCCCCUGACACGGGACAGGCAAGCGGGGCCGCUCAGUACUCGGGGCAGCUGUCCAGCCGGAGCCCGACCCGGCCACCAGAUGUGCUUCGGAGCUGGUCUCCUGGCAGUGUCCUCAGCUGGAGCAGAGAGUGCCCGGGUUUGCAAAGGACAACGGGCCCUUAACUGGUUUCUCAAGCAAAGGGACUCAGGGCAGAAACACAACAGUUCCCGUGUCAGCUACUUGUGGGCUUAGUACUUCAUUUUAACGGUACUGGUAGGCAGUGGUGAAAACCAUACCAUUAGACAGACGGGCUGACGUGUUCUUAUCUCCCUAGUAUCUGAGACUGUCCUCACUCAGGAGUAAGUUGAAAGGUGGAUUCUGGCUGUUUAAGAAAAAAAUACGAAACUCUCCCUUGAAGUAAACCAGAUCUGCUUUUUAAUAGAGACCGUGAUUUAGGCGUAAUUUCCCAAAGGAGAAAAUGUCCAUGACACUUAAACUCUUCUACAGUUAGAUAUGAAAUAACAAUGGUAAACAUUUUAAAGGAAAUCUUGAAAGUCCACGACUAUUUAGAGGAAGUGGGACCUUUCUGUGGGGAGGUUUCUGAUCACAGAGCAGGAGUCACUGGGGAAGGACAGACGGCCAGGCCAGGCCCUGCCCCACAGAAGGCGGCACCGACGCCUGAGAGUGCACUCGAGCGCACGUGCUGUACCCAGCCCCGCAGAGAGGUGACGGGAGAUGGCCAGCUCUCGGGCCACGAAGAGAACUGCCCACACAGACGGCCGCGCCCAAACUGACCUGAUGCGGAUGGAACAACUCACUACGGUUUCAGAGAGAAAGUCUUCAGAACGUUCCUGAAGCCACACCCACUCUCGAGGCAGAGGGACCCGCCGUCCUGUUCCGUGAGCAGGCGUGAGGGCAGUGUUGGUGCCCCCACCGGGGUGCCGCCUCCCGCCCGACCCCGGGACCCCAGGCGUCCCUCCCACUCCCGUGUGCCGCGCCGGGGCCUGUCAGCCAGCACCCGACUGGUGCACAGGCCAGGGGAAGUGGGAGCUUGAGGGACCCCAGAGGCCCUACCUACGCACUCAGGGGUCAGGGUCCCAUUCGCUUCCCUUCUGUGAUCUUCCCAGCUGCCUCCAAAAGGGUUUCCAAGUUCUAAAAGAUUUCUCAUUAUUCUGAACUAUUUCAACCAAUUGACCAAAAGAAGCAAUGCUUAGUAUUUCUGCCCAGAUGUGUCCAACCGAAUCACAGUUCAAAAAGAAACAAAAAUGAGCUGAAGAAUGAAUGCCACAUCCCUUCGAGGACCUCAGUUUAAAAAAGAAAACAUCAUUCGUGUAGACAUUUGAAAAUGAGCGAUGGGAUCCCCCCCGAGAGGACUACAGGAGGAGGGGAACUUCCCGCAAACAGAAGAAUCGCCCAGCAAAAGCCCACGACCUCAGCUGAGCUGGUGACGGACGGUCUCGUUGUCUUCUGAUUCUCUUCAUUCUUUUCUGAUAUUGUCCAGAAGCUGAGAAAAGUUCAGGAAUACUCUGUUUCCUACACCUCCAAGCACACAGCAGUUGAGCCACAAAGUGCUACGUUCCAAGCUCUGACACCGUCUACGUCAACCCGCACGGCGCAGACUCACACACCUCCCAGCGGACUCGGAUGGACCGGAGGCGGGUCCCGUCACAAACGCAGCUCCCCCGUCGGGGCCACCCCUCCGUCUGCACUGGCUGAGGGUUCGAAGAGUCUGCUGAACGCGGGCCCGAGCUCCCUGAUCAUGUCCGUGGUGGUGGUGGCGCGGCCGUGCUUCUGGAAGGCUUGGUGUGCGCACUGCCUGGUCAGCGCACAGGCACCAAAGGCAGCCACGAGGAGCGGGCCGAACCUGCGGGGGAGCGGCGUCAGCGGGGCGUCGUGGCCACCCAAGGCCCUCCCCGUCCCUCCUGUGGUCGCCCUGGGACCCCCUCUGGGAAGUUCAGUCUAACGUGCCACUGGGCCUAUCAGAAAUGCCCAUCCACCCGGAGAAAGGUUAGGACGCAGCCACGUCCCGGCUGCAAGCCAGACGGGUGCUCCGUCACAGGGUAAGUGCUCGGUGCCUGUUCUCGGCCCUGGAAGACACUGGAGCCUGAGGACGAGCUGCUUGCUACAUUCCUGGACCCAUCACAGCCCCGCCUGCACGCACACGCCCCGCAGGCCCCCCGGGCCACGUGUGCCGGGACCCUGCAGCCUGGCACCAUCAGAGCCGCCAGGAUGGGCACAGCGAGGAGGCCGAGGGCCCCGGGGGGUGCUGCCCGGGCUCACCCUCCGCCAGCGCCGGCGGACCCACUGCUCCGGGCGCUGCGCCCCAUGGACAGUCAUCUCCCAGCACAGGCUCUGCCCCCGCCUGCGUGUCCCGAGGCACCGGUCUCGCAGAGCAUGCGCUGCAGACCCCCCGAGCAGCACCCCCGACACCAGCAGGGACACCAGAGCCCCCGGGCGAGCAUCCUGGGACCAACUCCUGCCCUGGGGGCUCUUCUUCCACGAAACACCAGCACCUCAGCGGAAUGUUCCAAGCAGCCACUUGUUUAACGUGCAACUGCUGAAACAGCAUGGGAGGAACAAAGAUGUGACUCACCCGUUGGUCUUCUCAGGGCCGGCCAGGAGGGCCCAGUGCGCCAGGACGCCCAGGGAGCCCGACAGGAGGUCCCCCUGCCCGCCACACCUGCGGCCGCUGCCCUCCUGGCUGCACGUGAGCGCUGCGGGGCGAGGGGACCGUGUGAGAGGGGCCGUGCUCCGUCACCUUGCCCCUCCCCGCCCGUCCUGACACAGCAGGCGGAGGCCCAGCUCCCCCAACCAGCACCGAGGGGUCUGCGGGGACAGGGUGGGGAUGGCGCCCCCGGCCCAGGGCGCCCGCUUCACACGCCAGGAGACGCCCACGGCGCCAGCAGCGGCCCUGCCGGGACUUUGUCUGUGCCGUGCUGAGAAGUUUCUGUCUCUUGGGAAAACGUCUUAACCAGCUGCUACGCUCUCUCUGUUAGAGUCUAGAGCACCUUCCAGCGUCUGACCCACGGGCUUCAGGGCCACGCAGAGGAGACUCUCUGCGUCUCCUGUCCAGCACGUGACAGCGAGCGUGUGUGUGUGACGGCGUGUGUGAGCGUGCACACUCCUUCCUGGGCACCGGUUCCGUGUGUACAGCUCCCUCAUCAACGCGUGGCGGGCUCUUGCCUCCGGGGCAGACUUCAGUGACAGGAGGACUCGUCUGCAGGGAGCAGGGGCGUCACGCACCGAACCCCGGUGCAGACGCGGGCGGGCCUGCUGGGCUCUGCAGCCACGCUCGGGGCCCGGGGGCUCCCGCCCCACCGGCGGCUCCUCGGGUGUCUCCGUUUUCCGGGCGUUUUUAUAAAACAACAGGACGCAGUGAAAGACUCAAGCCACUGCAUCGGUGCCUCAGGUGAGGCGGCAACGGGCCUGCAGGGUCGCCCGCUGCCCGGAGCCUCCGCCCGGGGCUCUCCUUGCACAGCACAGACAGAAGAGCGCCCCGUACCCGGUGUCGAACAGCGAGAAACAAGACCAAAACGGCCUUUCCAGAAGCGGUGGUUGACACGCUCACCAGGGAGUCCCUCUCUAGGGGUAAGUGUGCCCAUGUGCCCGUGUGUGACCGACCGUGUGUGAACAGGAGGUCCUCCUGGGGCUGGUGCCCAGCGUGGCCGGCCGGCACGCGGUGUGAAGCCCUCGGCCACUCACCCUGCUCGCCAUCAGAGAUCACGUCCUGCUCCCCUUUCUGGACCACGGUGAUGUUGCCCAGGGCCCGGCUGAGUCUCAGCACAGCUCCGCAGCGGUCCCUGCCGUCCAGGGGGUCUCCCAGCUACGACGGAGGACAACACACAGACACAGUUGUCAUCAGACACGGGAAGAGCCCAUCCACCCUGAUCCCGCCUCAUCCGGGGAAGGGCCCUCCGGGCACCUGCCGACAGCCGAGCUCGGGCCCCACGUGCAGAGACGUCUCCGUCCACCAGCGGGAGGGAGGCCCAGAGUUAGGACUACUGGCCCACGGCUGGGAUUGUAAAGGUUUGUGAGAGAUGCGACUUGGAGUGAUAACGAGCAGACAUUCACGGGCACGAAUACGUGAGGACGCUGGGCUCACGUACACAGCUGACCCUCGAACAACGCUGGUGUGAACCGCGAGGUCCCACUUACCUGUGGGUUGUUUCCCACAGUACACACCGCAGCCCUACACAAUCCAAGGUCGGCUGAAUCCACGGAUGCGGGACCAAGGACACGGGGAACCGUGCAUCUGGAGGGCCGACUGGGAAUCACACUCAGAACUUUGACAGCGUGCAGCCUUCAGCGCCCCUAACCGACGCUGUUCAAGGGUCAGCUGUAUUAUUUUAUUUCGUCCUCACAAACCCUACGACGCAGAUUCCAUCAUGCCCCACAUUUUACAGAGGCAGGGGCAGGGAUGGAGUGAUCCGCUCAGGGUGCACGGUGGCAGGAGGGCGGGCUGACCCCAGAGGCCACCUUUCAUCCACACAAAGACAUGCUAACUGGAAGAUGCCCCAUCAUUACACGCACCCGAAAUGCACCUGUCCACCCACCUCUGCACGUCUGUCCCCGCAGGUGCACCGCAGGACGAGCCGGGGCAGAGCCGCAGGGCGCACCCCUCACCCCUGCCCGGGACGUCAGCUGACUCACCACAGCCUCGGCGAGUCUGCUGAACUCCAUGUGGUUGGGGGUGAGAACCGCCUUCUGGUAGCCUUGGAUGAGGGCUGGCUGCUGAGCGACCAGCCACAGCCCAUCCUGCAGACGACGACUCACGUCACUAUGAGGCCACAGGGGCCCCUGGGAGGAGGGGAUAGGAGAGGAGGCCACACUCACCGCGUCGAUGACGAUGGGGAUGCCCCUGGUCUUGGACGCUUCUAAAAUGCCCUGCAAGGAAAGGAAGCCAGGCUGAGCAACAAGCCCGUCGCCUCUCAGAGAGGGUAAAAGAAACCGAGCAGUUCCUGACGGACUUCAACAUCAGCCCAUCAACCAACAGACAGGAAAUAAGAAAGCAAAGGCAUAAAAUAAUGAGAAAAGAGACUUUGUAAGGCAGGGCCCUGGGAACUCUGAAAACAAGAGCCCAUGGGACCGUCACGCAGUGCUGGGUCCCAGGCCAGCCCACGAAGGACAACCCUGAGCCGGCACCUCCAAAUUUCCAAUAGAUACUAGCCCUCAGGAUUUGGAGCUGAGAGACCUGAAGUCUCGGGAAUUCCGCAACUCCUCAGUUUUUAUCUAUUUCUCAUAAGUAACACUUCACGUGUUUUCAAAUGAAUGACCGUAGUAAUGAACAGUGAAUCACUUCGCUCUCAGAAUGCUACACUAAAAGUCUGAGGUUUGUAUGUGUGUCUGAUCAACAUGACUGCUGAUUAUUAUGCACCAGAACUUCACGACAGGGGCAUUUACGGCAACAGCCCGAGAGGAGGACUUCUACCCGACAGACACUGGGUAACAGAAAACGUUAGAAGAGAACGCUGAACGAGAUACGUGACGAGCAGGGAUGAUUUAAAACACUGGGAGCUAAGCCCACGUCCGUAACGUAGUAGCGAGGAGUCAACCUCACCCAGCACGGCUGCCCUGCCCGGCGGCCUCGGCCGCACCCGCCGACGCCGGUCCGAGUGCUGCGAGUGUGCCCAAAAGCCCCUUCGGUGGAGGGUCAGGGUACGGGGCCCGCGGAAGGCUCUCUCCUUCUUAAACAGUGGAAAUGCUCUGUCUGCUCGCCCCGAGUCGGGCGUUCCCGUGAGAACCAGUUCAGGUGUUCUGAGUCUCUGCACUUUCCUACUAGAGUUUUACAAAGACAGUGGCCCAGUGAAGGUUCAGACCCGGGAAACGUGAGCCGACGCCGCGGGGAGCACAUAAGUAGCGUCACACAGCGUGACACCCGGCCUCCUGACGCAGAGAACGCAGGGCUGGUCUUGCUUCCACGGCUCAGAGGGCCUGUGCACUGGACGCUGUCACGGUCACGGCAUCUGGAGGGUCAGCGCCGCCAGCACACGCCGCGACGAGGAGCAAGGCCUGCACACACACACACACACACACACACACACCCGGACAGCAAUGUGACCUGAGGGAAGGACGGGCAAAGGAAGGAGCCGGCCACACACAGGUCAGGAGGGGCUGAAGCGGAACAAGGAGCUUUCUACACACGAGGAGGGGGCGUGAGGGGUGGCAGCCCCCCAGAGCACAUCCUGGCAAGGGCAGCCCUCGCUGGAGAGCAAACCGCUACAAGCCUCUGGAGACACCCGGGAGCAUCUCUCGGAAACGCUUCCGUUUCGCGCCGUGCGGCUGGACCCCGCUGACCCCACUCUGGCAGCUCCAUCUCAGGCCCGCAGCCCUGCCCUUUCCCCUCCCCGCGUGAGUGACUGAGCUCUAGCCCACUUGCCAGGAAUGCGCCCAAGCCGGACAAGUUCCCUGUCGACUUGACCAUCUUUCUCUGAUAUGAAAACUGGAGGAGUGCCUCUGCAGAGACCCCCCCUGGGGGCGGGUGGAAUAAAGUCCAGUUCCCAUCAGUGCAGACAUGCGUCUCACUUGGGGGUCAGAUUCUUUUUUCAUAAAUCCCCUUGGACCCUUUCCGUGCAGCCAGGGACACCUGGGUCAUCUUCCACCCGAUCCUGCCUGUAUGUCAGUCCCCACGUAAACUUCAGAACUGCACUUCACUCAGUUGCCUGCUUUGUUUUUUGGUCUCAAAAGUUCCUUCUCAGUUCAGAGGAUGUUAUUCAGUACCUCCACCUUCCACAGAUACUCUUUGAUUCAGCAAUGGAACUUGUAUAAAUUUAUCCUAAAGAAAACACCCAAAAGAAACAAAUAGAUAUACAGAAAUGUUUAAGGCAUCACUAAUAGAAAAAAAUGCUGUAAACAGCCAAAAUGAACUAGUUAAAUACAUUACAGCAUAUUAUGAUGAGGCUAUUAAAAAUAAUGAACAUCUGCAUACUCUGCCAGGAAAAGUCUCCAAGACACAUGCAUCAAGGAAAACAACAAGCUGCAAAAGAGCACAGAUACCAGGCGGGUCGGUCAAGAUGCUACGUCCUACCUCCACAAACUCUGGUUCAAAACCAGCUUAGGAACUGGAAGACUCAACACCGUUAGGACAGCAGUGACCCCCAAACUGACCUAGAGAUCCAAGGUGACCCCUACCCAAAUCCCAGCUGUCCAUUCUGCAACUGACAAGCUGAUGCUAAAACUCAUGGAAACUCACGGGACCCAGAAUAGCCAAAACAAUGCUGGAAAGAAGAAAGUUGGAGGACCCCCACUUUGCGAUUUCAGAACUUACUGUACAGACACAAUGAUCAAGACAGUGUGGUCACUGGCACGAGGACAGCUGUACAAUCGAUGGCACAGAAAGGAGAGCCCAGAAGUCAACCCUCACAUUGAUGUCAACUGACUUCCAACAAGGAUGCCCAGAGAUUCACUGGCCCGAAGAAGUGCUGGGACAACUGGAUAUAAAACUGGACUGGACCCCUUCCUUAACACCACAUACAAAACUUAACUCAAAAGGGACCACAGAGCUAAAAGAAUAAAGUUCUUAAGAGAAAACAUAGGAGUAAAUCUUGCAUCAGGCAAAACCCUUAGACGAGACAGCAAACGGAGUUGUCGUAUGAUCCAGCUUCUCCAGUCUAGGUACAUACCCCAUAGAAAUAAAAACAUAAAUCCACAAAAAACCUUGUAAAUGAGUGCUCACAGCAGCACUAUUUGUAAUAGCCAACAGGAAGUGUAAACAACCCAAAGGUCCAUCAGUUGACAAAUGGAUUUUAAAAACGCGGUCCCUCCAUACAACGGCCUAUCACACAGCAACAGAAGGCAUGAAGCGCUGACAACCUGCCACGACAGGGUGAGCCUUGACAUUACAAGACACCACACACCGCAUGAUGCUGCACCUACGAAGGUCCAGGAUUCCAGGAGAGGCCAAUCCACCGAGACACAAAGUAGAUUCGUGGUCGCCAGGGGUGGGGAGGCUGGGAGCAAGUGCUAACAGGUACGGGGCUUCUUUCUGGGGUGAUGAAAAUGUCCUAACACGGACUGUGGCGACGGCUGCAAACCCCACAAACGUCCUAGAAGCCGUGGAACCGCACACGUUAAGGAAUGCGGCAAAGGUUCCUGCAGCCCCGUUUCCAGAACGGCCACGGCCACCCCAGCCUGCAGCAGCCGGCAGUGUGGGGGCCAGACCCCCACCAGCAGAACAGCGAUGUCUCACCGAAGGCUCAGAUGGCGGUCAGCACGUCUCAGUCACAAAGUACUUUCAAAUGGAAGUACCUACACUGUGUUUUAGACAUAAUGCUAUUGCACACAUAACAGACUACAGUAUAACACAAACGUAACUUUAUCUCCACUGGGAAACCAAAAAACUCACGUGACUGGCUUUAUGACGAGAAUUCGCUUUAUUGCAGGGGCCCGGAACCGAACCCCGUAUCUCCAAGGUGAGCCCGUGCACAAGUACAGUGAAAUAAUCCCCAGUCAAGCUAACCCACACAGCCACCACCUCCCCCGGGGGAGGAUGUAACCUCUCCGCACCCCCGACCCCCGCGCCCGGCAGCCGCCCUCCUCCUCUCUGCUUCUACGAGCUCACCUGUUCUGACUCCACCCAGAAGUGAGACCGCGCAGCGUUGGUGCUGCUGCACCUGGCCUACUUCCCUUAGCGUCACGUCCUACAGAGGGUACAUAUGUCUUAACCAAACCGUUUGAAACAGGCAAUAGUAAACGGACCAGCUAUCGACACUAAAGUUGGAAACACAUUUCCUGCUCCAUUCCAUCCCCGGUCACCUGUCACGGCUACUGUUUCUCCUCAGUGAUAAUUCAUGGGCUUGAAGAAAGCGAAACUUCCAGCCCCAACGUUCACCCUAAAGGCUGGAAAGAUUUUCUGUGGAAGGGACCCUUAAGAUUCACGUUCUCACUAACUUCUGGUAAAGCAAACACACGUCUGCCUUUUAAAACGUUCUUUACCCACAGACGGCUAGGAAAGUCCAACCGACACUCACAGCACCCUACACCUUUUUUGCCUUGAGUUUGUGUUCAGUUUAACUCAAAAAGCAGAAGCUGAGCCAAGAGCCCCUCCAGCUGCUGAAACGAGGGUGGCAAAUCAGGUUCACUGUGACCGCUAGCCCCCUCGAGGCACGUGGCCGACACCUCCCAGGGCUGGAGCUGGGGCAGGCGGUCUGGGGGCACUGAGAAGGGCCCCAAAGAGGGCAGGGAGAGCUCAGCAGGUCCCCGAGAUGUGUCCCCUCGGUGAGUGACACCAAGGCAGCGUCGGAGGACCUGGGCAGCGGGCGCGCACAGAAUGAGGGGUUGGUGUGCCAUCCGAGCUAUUUUCCCUGAUCCAGGAUAGUAUUUAUUUCUAUUUCAACUUUUUGAGGCCAAAAAAGUAGUUUCAUCUUUUUAGAUUAAAGCAGGCAUAAAGUUUCGGUAAUAAGGAAGAGCAUAAAUGAUCAACGAAAAAGUAAACGAAUGCACGUGUACACACGAGGGUGAACAAGGGUCUCCUGCCCACUCCCCCCCCCAACCCAGCGCCGGCUACGCUGGCUUUAGCUGAAAAGGACGGCAGGGGACAGAAGAGAGUGCAAAGGCAGCAGAACAACUGGCCCGUGGGGUCCAAGGCCCAGGGAUUUCUAGACCAGUGAGGACCUCAGGUGGUCAGAGAAGCACCAGGUUAAGAAAUUAAACUAACAAGGGCUUUCAAGAGGACCCGCUGACGACACAAAGCUAGAACCACCAGAACACCUUUCAUGUUUCUCUCUAAGCGCACAACUUAUAGCAACGGUGAAGUCGCCAGAACAACCCAGAAGCACCCUCUCCCACUGGCUCACUGUGACAGACUCCCACUGGGCCUGCUGUUCCGUGCGCCCAACCGGGCACCGUGCAGAGCGCUUCACAAAGCGUGGCCCUCUGUCAGCCCCGGGGGGGCCCUGUGCCCUUACAGCGGGCACCAGGAGCAGGCUGUCAGGGGUCCCCAGCAGGAAGGGGUCGCGGGGAGGUGACCGCGAGCCUGAGCGCACGCCCGGCCACUGCUAAUCCCGCUCAGCCCGGAUGCUGGGACUUUCGUCACGUCGGGCCCCAUGGAGACUUCCUCGGCCACAGCCUGAGACCAGAGCCCCAGGAGUGAAGAGAGGGCGCCGUUCAGCGGGGCCCUGCCCUGGUUUAAGCGCAUCCCUACCUUUACGCCCAGUGGCUCCUCUAUCCCCCAGACCACGUUCUAUCCGUCUCAACUCCUCCUCCAAGACGCACACAGAGCAACAACGGAAAAUGCAGUUCCGUCAGACUCCCCCGAUCUAAGGGCCGAGCCUGUGGGAACAGGCGCGGUUAAUAAUUCUACACGUUACCUUGACGUUUUCGAGAAGAACGUCGUCUCUGCCUAAGCCAGGCCCUACGACCAGGGCGUGCAGUCGGGGCAACCACUUUUCCACAUCUUGGACGGCACUGGGGCUGUCACUAAAAAAGCAAAAGAAGGGCAAAGCGGCUUGAAAUGUUCAUCUUUUGUUCAUUAAUGAAACUACAGAUUUUUCCAGCUUUUCCCCCAGUGUCCUUUUCUUGUUCCAGGACCCCAGCCAGGACCCCACCAUAGUUGUCUAGCUUUCAACAUUCAGAUGCCCGAGAGCAUUCUGCUAAGUGAAAUGAGCCCAAGAAACACAAAUAGCGUAUGCUCUUAUACGGGGGACCUUUAAAGCAAACAAACAAAACAAAAAAACCGCAAAAACACAACACCAAACUCACCCAUAGAGA